AAAUUCAAUAAUAGAAAAAAUUACUCAAUAAUUACUUAAUUACAUUUUAGUCACACCUGUCGAUUCUUAAAACUUCUCAAUUAUAUCUUAAUAUUGAUUCCAACUUUAGGAAAUUGAGUUUUGAAUUUUUGUAAAACAAGCCAAUAAAAAAACUAAUAAAAACAAAAAGAAAAUCAGUACAACUACAUUGGGGCCACUUUUAAUAAUCACAAGACUUGGAGGUGUAUCCCACAAAUAUCACAAUUCAAUUUGAAAACGGGCGGGCCUAUACUGUCACUCAUAAAUCAUAAUCCACUGCUCUAUUCUAUCUCUGGGGUUUCAGCUUUUUAAGCGUUUCAAAAUUCACUCACUCCCAAUUCGAAAACCUCUCAGUUAUGGCAGACAAUCAUCAUUUCAUCAUCACAGUCCCAUUGGUCAACCCCAAACCCUAAUUUCAUCAAACACCUCUUUGAUUCAACUACACAACCCUAGGGUUUUGAAUUCUCCAUUUCUGACUAGCUCUGAGCUUCUUCUUCUUCUUCUCAAAAUCAAAGCUGAUCCAUGUCGAAGGACACAUCCUCUUUGCGAUUCAUCGCUCGAAACACUUUGAGAAAUGUACAAUUCGUGGCUAACGAGAACGAGUUCGAAAAUUCAUCCAAUCCAAUCCAUUUUCCUCCUCCGAGAACACCUCUGGACACAAUAUCAGAUCCAUCACAGCACCAGAGAGAACUUCAAGAACUCGAUUUCAAUUCUCAAAUCAAGUUGAAGGUAGCUGAGUUAGUUGAUCAUCCGAUAAAAGAAUUUGAAAAUUCCGAGAGUCAAUUGACAGUGAAUAAGGGAACUGGAAACCUAGGGCUCAAUUACGGCACUCCUAGGAUUUUGAGUCGAGGAAAAUCUCAUUCGGAACCAAACUCGGCGCAGAGUACUCCGGCAAGGUGUUCUUCAAGGACUUCAAAUGUUGGAACAUUGGGGGCUUGUACUGGGCCUAGACCUCCUCAAUCUGGAGCUAGAUUAGGGAGCUCUUCUAGGGUUUCUAGAGGGAUUCCGCUUGUAAAUUCUGAACCUUCUGUUGAAGUCCCACAUUUUGAGCUCGUGGAGGACAAUUCGUUUUGGAAGGAUCACAAUGUGCAGGUUUUGAUACGAAUUAGGCCGAUAAGUAAUACACCGAGUGAAUUCCGAGGAUAUGGUCGAUGCUUGAGGCAAGAGAAUGAACAGACCUUACUGUGGCUUGGCCAUCCUGAAACCAGAUUUACCUUUGAUCAUAUAGCUUGUGAAACAAUAUCACAGGAAAAGCUUUUUAGGGUUGCUGGAUUACCCAUGGUGGAUAAUUGCAUGUCUGGGUAUAACAGCUGCAUGUUUGCUUACGGUCAGACUGGUAGUGGUAAAACAUAUACUAUGAUGGGUGAGAUAUCUCAGAUGAAUGGGAAUCUUGGUGAAGAUUGUGGGAUAACUCCCCGUGUUUUCGAAUAUCUAUUUGCAAGGAUUAGAGAGGAAGAGGAGAACAGGAGGGAUGAACGACUAAAGUACAGCUGCAAAUGUUCUUUCCUUGAGAUAUACAAUGAGCAGAUAACUGACCUCUUGGAGCCUUCAUCAACUAAUUUGCAACUCAGAGAAGACUUGAAGAAAGGCGUUUAUGUUGAAAACCUUACAGAACAUAAUGUGAGAACUGUUAGUGAUGUUCUAAAGCUACUGUUACAGGGUGCUGCAAAUAGGAAGAUUGCGGCAACCCAUAUGAACAGUGAGAGCAGUCGGUCCCAUAGUGUUUUCACAUGCAUCAUUGAAAGCCAUUGGGAGAAAGAUUCUAUGACCCACCUUAGGUUUGGCCGAUUAAAUUUAGUGGAUCUAGCUGGUUCUGAAAGGCAGAAGAGCUCUGGUGCAGAAGGGAACCGCUUGAAAGAAGCAGCAAAUAUAAACAGAUCCUUAUCAAUCCUCGGUCUGGUGAUAAUGUCUCUGGUAGAUUUAGCACAUGGCAAACAAAGACAUAUACCUUACAGGGACUCUAGGCUCACGUUUCUCCUUCAGGAUUCUCUUGGUGGGAAUUCAAAAACAACAAUGAUUGCAAAUGUCAGUCCAUCUUUUUGCUCUGCAAAUGAGACAUUAAGCACUUUGAAGUUUGCUCAGCGAGCCAAACUUAUUCAGAACAAUGCUAAAGUAAAUGAAGGAGCUUCAGGUGACGUAACAGCAUUGCAGCAGCAAAUCCAACAAUUAAAGGGCCAGUUGUCCUUUCUGAUGCAGCAGCAUAACAUUUCCAGGUCUCUUUCACAGUUUGAGCCAAGUGUUCAACAAUCUAGCUUGGGGGAUUCUCCUGUGGGGUACAACUUGUCUGGGGAAAGAAAUAUAAGUGAUGAUCAUAAAAUACCAAAUGUUCGAAAUAGGACGACAAAAUGUUCGGAAGCUAUUAUGCUUGGUGCUCUGAGGAGAGAGAAAUUGGCUGAGACUGUAGUAAGGAGAUUAGAGGCUGAAAUUGCACAAAUGAGCCAUUUGGCUCAGCAAAUGGAAGAAGAUGUGCACCGUAAUAAAACGAUGCUAAGGUUCCAUGAGGAAGAAAAUAAACGAUUAGAAUUGUUCGAAGACGGCUUAGUCUCUAUCGAUAAGUAUCUCGUGGAUGAAAAUAAUGUUUUAAAAGAAGAAAUUCAACUGCUUCGAGCAAGUAUUGAUAGAAACCCAGAAUUGACCAGACUUGCAUUGGAGAAUAGUAGACUCCUCGACCAGCUCAGAUUGUUUCAAAAUUUCUAUGAACAAGGAGAGCGAGAAACAUUGCUAGCUGAAGUUUCAGAAUUGCGUGAUCAGCUUCUGGAAACACUUGAAGGAAACUAUGCACAACAUAAAUUCCCUCCAGGAACAGAAAAGCAGGAUAAUGAUGCCGUGAAGGAAUUGGAAGUUUGCAGGAAAAUGAAUUCCGAACUGAUAAAGGAAAUUGAUAGAUUACGGAGGGAACUGAAUAGAUGUGUGAAGUACCAAGCUGCUUUCGGUUCUGUUAAAGAUUUCUCAACCAAGGAUCCAGAAAAGUUCAAACAAACAGAUAAAUAUUCAAUGGCUGAAACGGUAUCAAUGAGAAGUGAUUCAGGAGAUGAGAUGGCAUCCUAUAGCCAGCCAGAGGAUGAGGUUCUACAGCAUAUAAAUGAGCAGAAGAAGGGUGAUGCCUUAAUUAUACAGUCUAGUGGCAUUCAGAAAGAGCUGAUAGAUGCAAGAUUCUUGAUUGAAGCAUUGGAAUCUGAGCAGGUCCACCUAAUUGAAGAGCUGGAGUUUAUGCAGGAGAAGAAUCAAAGAUACAUGGGAAUCUUAUGUGAUAAAGACAAGAUAGGGAGAGAAUCUGUGCUUAAACUUGAAAGGCACUUCACAGAAACGUGUGACUUACAAAAUCAGAGCCAGACCUUGGUGAGAGGGAGUAGCAAAAAUACCAGCACAAUGGUUUUGCAAGCCAAGUUGGAUAGGAUGACUAAGGAACUUGAGGAGGCUCAAUUGCUUAAUUUCCAAUAUCAAGUGGAUAAGGCAUCACAGUUAUCUCAGGAACAGCAAGUUGAAUUAGUUCAUGAGCAAGUUGAGAUGGAAACAACUAAAACAAUUAUUCAUUUGGAGGAAGAGGUUGCUGCUCUCCAAUCAGAACUUCAGGGGAGAUUAUGUUACAUGGCUGAAGAUAAUAUUACAUUGAGAAACACAAUAGCUGCUAAAGAGGAGGAAAUGAAGACAUUGUGUGUUGAGUGGGAAAGAGCAACUUUGGAUCUAACAAGCUUCCUUAUAGAUGGUUCUAAAUCUCUUAGAGAUGCCUCCAGUCAUAUACAAAGUAUUGCUUCUUCAUUUCCUCAUGUUAAUGUCUGGAUUGGUGAACAUGUUGAGAGGGCUGCUAAACUUUGUAUUGAGAAGGAAGAAACAAUUCUGCUACUACAAAAGAGUCUGGAAGAUGCACAAACGGUGGUAGUGGAAAUGGAGCUGAAGUUAAAUUCCUUGAAGGGUGCAACAAUUGCUUUAACUGAAGGUCAGCAGCUAGAAAAUUAUGCAAGCACCAAAGCAGCGAUUCAGUUAACUACGCUGUUGAAUGAUAAGAUCAACAUGAUGGAGUUGCUAGAGAAUAGACUGAAGUGGAGAGAGGAUCAAAUCACUGAAGCUGAAAAUCGUGCUGAUGCCGCACUCCUAGUAGUUAAAAGGCUAUCAGAAUGUCCCAAGGCUGCUCUCAGAAACGAUGGUGAAGGAUAUAUUCCCAUGUCAAAACUGGCUGUUCCCUCUGAAGUGGGAAGCGACAAUAUUUCUGAGAUAAAAGCUAAUGCUAAUGCCUUGUUACCUGCAGAUAACGGAAUUAAAGUUGCCUUAGCAAGGCUGGGAAUGUUGGAGACUGAGAAUAUUAUUAAUGUAUCUUGUACUGAUACAUUUACAUCUAUAUCUGCUCUCCAAACUGACAUUCAUGAAGCUUUUUCUUUAUUCAGGGAGUUGGUUCAUGAUUUGUUGAAUGAUAUUCAUGAGAUGAGGAAGAACUUUGUGGAGUUCAGAGAGAAUCAAAGAAAAUUUCAAGUUUGUGCUCUAUCAUUGGAAGGUGAAGAUAAGUUCCCAAAGCAUGAAAACCAGUGUUACAUGCUGUAUCAAAUAAGGGAUCAACUUGCUGAAACAAAUGGCAGACUUAACGUUAUAAAUGUUUGCAUUAGCAAAACACUGAAUAGGUAUGGCUGCCAGGACACAGCUGAAGAUUUAGUUGAAGUUGAUGAAAGGACUGCCGAUUGCUCUAAUUGUGGCUCUAAUCUUUCGGUUGAAAGUGUUGAUUUGGAAGACAGAUUUGAUGAAUUUUCAUCCUCUUGCUGUUCUGGACACCCUGAAACUUCGGAUCUAGAGUUUGAAAGGGACUCGAAUUUGUAUUCUAAUAGGCAAGAAUCUGGAAAUUCGAAAAGGUUCAUCAAUACAUCAAUUCAUAAUGAAACAAGAAUAAUGCAUUUGAAGGAGGAACUUAAGAUGGCAAACGAUGCUUUCAGUAAAUUAAAUGUCUGGUUUGCUGUGCUUUUUGAUGAGAAAGAAAUUGAAGAUUGGUCUUACAAAGAAGGUGCAGGUUUACCAGGAUCACGUACAUUUGUGAAUAAGAGUGAGCAAAAUAUUUUUAAGAACAGGCUUAAUCAGCUCAAAAUAUCGGAGAAAACUCUUCAACCUGUUGACCUGAUGAUGCAGGAGGAUGAAGCAGGCUGUCAUAAGACGAGAGAGUUAAUUGUUGAUGGGAAUACUAGUCGAGCCAAUAGCUUCUUCAUGAAAAUUGAGGAGGCUCAUGCAACUAUGAAGGAAGCUGAUUUUAUGCUAAAUUCGUUGCUGAAAGCAAAUGAAAACGCAAAACAAUUGACUGGCAUGUGGAAACGAGCAGGUGAGGAAUUGAUGGUGGAGAAAGCAAGCUUAUUUGAAGAAAUCGAACAACUUAGAUCCUCAAUUCGUUUGAAGGAUGGAGAAAAUGCACUGCUGUGGGAUCAAAUCAAUUACACUUUCCUUGAAAUAGCGAACUUGAUGGCUUUGUUUGAAGGGUUUUUUCUGGAGACUCAAAGAGAUGUGGAGCAAAUGUUCAAGACAAUUUAUUCUGAUGCCUUAGCAAUGGUACAGGAUAUGCUGCACUGCAUUUGCAACUCAAGGUCAUCGCUGGAAGAUAUUUUCUCCAAGACAAUGGAGAAAGGAUUUGCUUCUUUGGUGCUUUUCCAGUGCCACAUUGAAAAUUUUAUCCAAAAGCUCCCAAGUGUCAAUGUAGAUCUCAGUCACCGUCAAUCCAUACUCCACAAAGGCUAUUUGGUAACGAAUAAUAGUGUAAAAAAUGACACUGUGAUUGAUGGUGUGAAGGCCGAAGUGGUAGGAGAUGAAAGUCCAGUUCCCUCAAGAUUGGAAGAGAAAGAGUGUGAUAAUCCAAUAUAUGAAAAUUUGUUACUCGACAAAGAAUUAGAAUGGAAAGAAGUUGCAUUGAAAAGGUUGCCUUCUGCUUUUAGCUUGUCUCAAGAAUCAACUUCUAGCACGAAUGACGUCAAAGAUGACACUGUGAUUACUGGUGCAAAGGGCAAAGAGGAAGGAGAGCAAAUUCCAGUUGCCACAAGAUUGGAAGAGAAAGGGUCUGCCAGUGAUAAUCUGAUAUAUGAAAAUUUAAUACUAAAGAAGGAAUUAAACCGGAAAGAUGUUAUAUUGAAAGGUUUGCUUUUUGAUUUUAGCUUGCUGCAAGAAUCAGCCUCCAGCAAAAAGGACAUCAAAGAUGGAACUGAAAAGUUGAUGAUGGCUUUGGGCCAAGUUCGGCAUGAACUCGAUACAAAAAUCAGUCAGUUUGAUGACAUGUUGGCUCAGCAUGGAAAACUUGAAGGUCGCUUGGCUGAUGCUGAAACUGCUCUGUCUAUCUCAAAUUCUGAUCUCGAGGAGGCUAGAAGAACAUUAGAUAUCUUGUCAGACCAAAAUGCUGAGUUGAGAGUGCUGUUAAAGGAUAUUUAUAUCAGCAAAUCAGAAGCUGAAGAGCAACUGGAAGAGAAAAGUGAGGCAGUCAAAAGUUUAGAGAAAGAGAUUGUCCGCAUGACUUCUUCAGCAGAAAAAAACAUACUCUCUUCAAUUGAAGAAAUUGAGAAUGAUUUGAAAAGGGUCACCAGUGAGAGAGACCAACUUCGUGAACAAGUUGGCUCCCUUCAAGAUAAGCUCGGUAUAGCAUAUGCAUUAGCUGAUGAAAAUGAAGCUAUCGCUGUUGAAUCCCGCCAGGAGUCAGAGGCAAGUAAAAUGUAUGCUGAACAAAAGGAAGAGGAGGUUAAGAUUUUAGAACAUUCUGUUGAAGAGCUUGAAUUCACCAUAAAUGUGUUGGAGAAAAAGGUGUCCGAAAUGGAAGGCGAGGUAGAAAGACAUCAAUUUAUAAGAGAUUCAUUGGAACUAGAACUUCAAGACCUGAGAAGGAGAAUGUUGACAGUUGAAAACUUUACUGAAAACCAGGAGAACUACACUGUCGAACUACCUGAAGAUCAACCUCCAAGACAGCUGCAUAAUAGAGCCCUGGAACUUCAUGAGGCACAUAAUCGGAUAAGAGUUCUUGAAGAAGAAAGAGCAGAACACGCAAAAGAGAUGAAACAAUGCAAGGAGUACAUCUCUGAACUUGUAUUGCAUGCUGAAGCUCAGGCAUCACAGUACCAACAGAAGUACAAGUCCUUGGAGGCAAUGGUUCGUGAAGUAAAGACAAAUCCAUCAACUUUAACAUCAACAACACCAGCAUUAGAUAAAACAGAGAAAAGUUCAAUGAGAACCAGGGGUUCUAGCUCCCCAUUCAGAUGCAUUGCAAGUUUGGUUCAGCAAAUGAAUUUGGAGAAGGAUCAGGAAUUGUCAUUGGCUAGGCUUCGGAUAGAAGAGCUAGAAGCCUUGGCAGCUGGUCAACAAAAAGAGGUUUAUAUGCUGACCACUAGACUGGCUGCAGCAGAAAGCAUGACCCAUGACGUCAUUCGGGAUUUACUUGGUGUCAAGAUGGACAUGACAAACUACGCAAAUUUGAUAGACCAGUAUCAGCUUCAAAGAUUUGUAGAAGGGGCACAGGAACAAACACAGAAGUCUGCUGAAAUGGAGCAAGAAAUUCUGAAUCUAAGGAGGCAGAUUAGCGAUUUAAUCGAAGAACGAGAGAGAUGCAUUUCAGAAGUAAAUAAAAGAGGACAAGAAAUACUGUGUGUCCAGAUGACUGUUGAACAACUAAACGAGCGGGAUCAGUUGCUGACUGCACAAAAUGAAAUGUUGAAGAAGGACAAGACCAAUUUGAAUCGAAAAAUUGCUGAACUGGAUGAUAUGGUGAGAAAACUAAUUGGGACCCAAAAUGUCCAACCACGAGUUCAAAAGCAGGUGAACAGCAGCAUUUUGAGGCCUACUAAUGCCGAUCUUAGCAGGAGGUUGUCACGUUCGGGAAAUCAGCUUUUGCGGGUAAAUGAUGAACUGGCUCAGUACCGUAAAAUUCAUGGCAGCCAUUCACGUGAUGAAAAUGGACGGAAAUGAUGAUAUAGAAAGAAAAAUCAGGCAAGUGAGCAAUUGAGAUCAAACAACGGCUGACAGGAUGAAGAUGACAGACCUCGAGGCUCAUCAACUUUCCCCUACCAUUCAUAAAAGAGAUGGGAAAGCAUGAAGUUUGGAGCCCUGGAGAUAUAUAUAUUCCUUUUUCUUUUGUUUGCUUGCAGUUAGAUUCGAACAAUUCAUAUGUUGAGCCGUAAGAGAUGUAUCUAUAAGAUAUAAACGCUUCGGAAGUCGACACGUAAUCUUAGCUUAUUGCAUUGUGUUGAAUUUGUUGUGGCAUGUAAAUAAUCUUUACUUCGGAUGUGAUUUAUGAAAGCUAUUAUGUUAUUUAUCAGAAUAAGUGAGAUUUGUUUCC